GCAUGGAGAAUCCGAUAACCAGGCCUAUAUAGCUGCAUGGAACCACCAUGGCACCACAUCUGGGAAAAACGGAGCAACAUGGCCAGACUAUCACUGUUCAGCGUCCUCGCCGUCACAUUGGCUGUAUUAUUGUGUGGCGUUACGGCGGAUUCAUCCGAUGCGGACGAAGAGCGCUAUCUUUCCGAAGAUGAUCCUUCCGAACGCGCCUCCGCCUCCGCUCACGCUUCAGCUCAAGGAUUAGGUCAAGGACAAGGAGGAAACAUGUACCCUCGCUACCCACCAAGGCCCGUAGUAAACCCACUCCCUCAGAAGAUGGUACGAUGCGUCACGUGCUCGGGCUGCCCGCAGGCGAAGAAUGUGACCACUUCGAAGUUUUGUCCGUAUUCGCAGGACCCGUUCAAGAAUGGGAAAUGCGUUGUGUUCACUGAGAAGUACUACCAUAUGAAGGAGCCAUUUGUCAUGCGCGGCUGCAUGGCCGAGCGGGGAUCCUGCUCCGAAAUAAGGACCGCUGUGCAGCCCCAGAAGGAACUGGUUAACCUGCUAAGUUGUCGGGAGUGUGAAGGCGACCUAUGCAACGGGGCAGGACACUUCACCGCAAACCUGGUGACGGCGCUUAUGUUUGUAACACCUUUGCUCAUGAAAUAUACACUCUCGUAGGACAUUAAAAGUCUGAAACUACUUACACACUGACAAGCUUGGUUUUGCGACUGGCAAAAAUGUAGGCUAUUAAAAAUGUUUUGGAAAGUUGUCAGUGCAUAGGCGGCGUGAAAUUCAUGAAUAGCUAUAGGGAAAGGUGUUACUAAAUAUCCUAGCUCCCUUGUCCGCCUGUCGAAGAACAAAU